GCUAAAGACAAGGGUUUCACCAUUAUUUGAAAUUUGUUCACUGAAGAGAGAGUGUAGCAGAGAUGUGGCCGAGUGCAGAAGGAGGACCACCGGAGGUCACUCUAGAAACUUCCAUGGGUUCUCUUACACUUGAGAUGUAUUACAAACAAGCACCAAGAACUUGCCGGAAUUUCAUAGAGCUUGCUCGAAGAGGCUACUAUGAUAAUGUCAAGUUUCACAGAAUCAUUAAGGAUUUUAUUGUGCAAGGUGGAGAUCCAACUGGUACCGGAAGAGGCGGAGAAUCUAUCUAUGGCCAGAAGUUUGAAGACGAGAUAAACCCACAGCUAAAGCAUACAGGAGCAGGUAUCAUAUCCAUGGCUAAUGCUGGACCAAAUACAAAUGGAAGUCAAUUCUUCAUCACCUUGGCACCUGCACAGUCACUUGAUGGGAAACAUACUAUUUUUGGAAGAGUUUGUCGGGGAAUGGAAAUUGUCAAGAGACUUGGCAGUGUACAGACUGAUAAUACUGACAGACCAAUCCAUGAUGUGAGGAUAUUGAGGACUACUGUCAAGGAUUGAUCUUCUGCAUCUUUAAAAAAAAUGUUAUACUAGCUAGAGCAUAACAAUUGUUUUAAUUUUUGUCAUCACAACCAAGAUCCAUUCUAUCAUCUGCUUUCUAAGUGAGAAAAAACUGAUUUAGGUCUGUAUGUGGGAACGUGGAUACAAAUUUUGUGCUACCAAAAUGAUACUAAUAUGCUAUUUUGUGUGGGGCUUAGUUUUGUGAGGCUUAUGCCCCGAACGUACGGCUGUACGUCCUAAGCACAUGUAAUGCUUAAUGUUCUGACAUUUUAGACCUUGCCAUGACUGAA